GUUCUGGAUGGCGUAGCAACGAUUGGGCGUACACCAGUGAAAUAUCUAUCGGGAACGUCGAUUAUUACUGCUCCAACGGAUGCGCUUAUCGCUUUCGCAAACUUAACUGAUUUGGUACGUUUUUUGUACAUUUUGGAGUUAGUUGAGGAAAUGAAGAUGAGUUUAGUUGAAUAA